AUGUCCUCUAAAAUUGUCCAAAGUACUUUACUCGGGAACCGAGCUGGUGAUUCGACAACUCGGCAGCACAGUGCGGACGACGCUAUAGAUAUGGCCAAACGAGAGGCAGACAACCAGACUAAACUGCGACGGGCCCGCCUCGUGCGACGGGUCUCGUUCGAUCUGCUGACAAGGAAACCAAUCGUCUUCUCCCUGAAGAACGACGUCGGUGCUUUGGCAAGGGCCUUGGGGACAUUAAAGGAAAAUCAGAUCCAAGUUUUGCACAUCGAGUCCCGGCGUUCUGAGCGCCGGAAAUCUGAGCUUGAAGUGUACGUGGACUGCGAGGGCAAGAAGGGACUCUUCAUGGAGCUUUUGGACCAGCUUCAACGGCAGAUGAGCUUCGUUCAGGAGCCGAUAAGUGACGCGAUAAAGAAUAUGGGGAGCAUUGAUGACGGACCUUGGUUCCCCCGGAAGAUCACUAACUUGGAUCAAACAGCGUGCCGAGUUCUCACAUACGGCACUGAACUGGAUGCAGAUCAUCCGUGUUUUAAAGAUGCUGAGUAUAGAAAACGGCGGAAGGUCUUUGCAGACAUUGCUUACCAAUAUCGCCACGGCCAGCCGAUUCCAAGGGUAAAAUACACAUCGGAAGAAACCAAGACGUGGGGCAGAGUUUUCUCUGAGCUGUCAAGACUUUAUCCGCGCUUUGCAUGCCGGGAAUACUACAAUAACUUACAGAUCCUGAGAGAUCAUUGCGGUUACAGGGAAGAUAACAUUCCUCAGCUGGAGGACGUGUCUGUUUUCUUGAGAGAACACACGGGGUUUCAGAUUCGACCUGUGGCUGGUUAUUUAUCAUCACGUGACUUCUUAGCCGGCUUGGCGUUUCGUGUAUUUCAUUGCACACAGUACGUACGUCACACCUCAGACCCACUCUAUACACCAGAGCCUGAUUGUUGUCAUGAGCUUCUUGGUCACGUGCCGAUGUUUGCCGAUAAAGCUUUUGCGCAGUUGUCGCAGGAAAUUGGUUUAGCGUCGCUCGGGGCGUCGGAUGAAGACAUCAACAAAUUAGCAUCGUGUUACUUCUUCACAAUUGAAUUUGGGCUGUGUAAACAACAAGGGAUGCUGAAAGUAUACGGAGCGGGCCUGCUCUCUUCCAUUGGUGAACUGCAACACGCGAUGUCAGCAGACGCCAAGACGUUGCCGUUCACUCCCAUCGAAGCCACGAAACAAGAAUGUCGUAUCACCACCUAUCAGGAUGCAUACUUCGUGUCAGAGAGCUUUGAUGAAGCCAAAGAAAUGAUCAGGGAUUACGCAAGCAGCAUCAGGCGCCCGUUCUCCCUCCGUUACAACCCUUACACACAGACAGUGGAUAUCUUACAGACGGCAGAUCAAAUCAACAGUGUCAUAGAUGAGCUUAAAGAUGACCUAAGUCUUCUCAGUAGCGUCUUGGAGAAGGUCAUGGUGCCUGAUGACGCCACCGGAGAGCAAAACAACAUACAGGAAUGA